GCGGUGCGGCACCGGCAGGGACGCCUGCGCGCCUGGGCGCCCGGGGAGACGCGGGGCCUGGCGCCGGACACUGGAGGCUUCGUGCCCCGGAGCGCGUCGUCGCCUGGCUGGGCGCGCGAUGAAGCCCGCGGCCGCCCACGGCCUGCUCCUGAGCUGCCUCUGCCUGGCGCUGUGCUGCCGGGGCGGCGCGCGCGGGUCCCCCACGAGUGACAAUCAUGAGUGGAAAAAACUAAUUAUGGUUCACCACUGGCCUGUGACAGUGUGCAAGGAGGUGGAGAAGGACUGCAGAGACCCUCCGGAUUACUGGACCAUCCACGGAUUAUGGCCCGACAGAGCAGAAGAGUGUAACGGAUCGUGGCCCUUCAACUUCGAAGAGAUCAAGGACCUCCUGCCUGAAAUGAAGAUGUACUGGCCCGAUGUGAUCCACCCACUAAACCGCAGCCAUUUCUGGAAGCAUGAGUGGGAGAAGCACGGCACCUGUGCCGCUCAGCUCGACGCCCUCAACUCACAGAAGAAAUACUUCGGGGGAAGCCUGGGUCUUUAUGAGAAGCUGGAGCUUAACAGCAUACUCCAAAAAUUGGGAAUAAAGCCAUCUAUCAAUUACUACCAGAUUUCAGAUAUUAAAGACGCCCUUGCCAGCAUGUACGGAGUUGUACCAAAAGUCCAGUGUCUUCCACCAAAACAGGGGGAGGAGGUGCAGACGAUCGGUCAGAUCGAGCUCUGCUUCACCAAGGACCUGCGGCUGCGGAACUGCACGGAGCCGGGGGAGCUGGGGGAGUCCGGGAGGGCCUGGGGCCCGGGGCUGGAGGUCUGUGAGGACGGCCCGGCCUUCUACCCGCCCCCACCGCAGAGCGCUCGCUGACGCCCCCGGCCACCGGGACGUUAUUUCGAAAAGCUGGAGAGAGUCACAAACCGCUGCUUGUCAGAAAGCAGCCGCCAGGUGAACUGUUCUGUUAACAAGCGUCUCUACUGUACGGCUGUUCUGUGCUCCAUUUCCCCGCACGCCCAUGAGCUGACUUCAUGGCACCUGUGAGUCUGGGCCCAGCAUGGGUGCGCUGAGAGAAAGGAGGUCUCCCGCGCCCCGGUAAGGGCUUUGUGUUUGGAAUAAAGGAUGUGGAUUUUCUUUUUCCUUUA